GUCGUCAUCACGUCGGAAGUAAAGUACAUGUUUAGUGUUAAAGUAGCUAUGUGUGCUUAGCAGUAGGUGGGGUUCCAGCCUCCGUGAGAGACUGGAGUAAUUACAUCGUAGUGACUUAAAACAUUAUAAAUCACAGAGAUGUCUGAUGAGUUGGUGUACUUAGGAGUACUUGCUGCCUCCAUCCCUAUUGGAUUUCUUUUCCGUUACCUCAGUCCUCCUGUGAAGCAGGGUGCAGCUCUACUCCUAGGCCUCUUUAUUGCAAUCACCACCUGUCACAUCCAUACACUCCACUCUCUUAUCACAGUGAUUGGAACAUGGAUUAUUAUAAAGAGCAGCUGGCGGCAUGCGCCAGCAUUGAGCCUCAGCUGGACCUUUGUCUACCUCCUCUUCUUCCGGCUAGUCACCUUUGGUUUUCCGCCUCCGACCCCUUUUGCCAAUGCCAUCCAACUGAUUCUGACACUGAAGAUGGUCAGUCUAGCCAAUGAGGUGCACAGUUUCCACACAGAGAGAAGGGGAAGUGAGCUCUUUGCAAAGUCGCCUGUCAUUGGUGGCCUUUCUCAGGAGCCAACUCUCUACGAUAUUCUGUCCUAUAGCUACUGUUAUGUGGGUAUAAUGACGCAGCCCAGCCCCCAGACUCUGCCCGGUCGGGUUCCAUGCCUGCAGCGCUUGAAACUGGUUCCUGUCUACGGUGCUCUGUUCCUCACCGUUAACUAUGUCUUUCCUUUGGCCUACGUUCGCACAGAGGAGUUCCUGGAUCAAAACUUUUUCUUCAGGUUUUUCUACAUGAUUGUGGUGUUCUUUGUCUUUCGGAUGCGUUUCUACGCAGCAUGGUGUGGAGCCGAGGCUGGUUGUAUCAGUGCAGGUCUCGGCUGCUAUCCAGAAAAAGCAUUAUCUAAACCUGGAGGCGGACCCACUGUCAACUACAACCCUGGUCCUGCUGAAGAGAGCUAUGACUUCAAAACCAUACAGAACAUUGACUGCUACAACACUGACUUCUGUGUCAAAGUGCGGCAUGGCAUGCGUUACUGGAACAUGACGGUGCAGUGGUGGCUGCAUCACUACAUCUACCCCAACGCCCCCUUCAAAGCUUACACACUGAGAGCCGGCUGGACAAUGUUCAUCAGUGCCUACUGGCAUGGUCUACAUGCAGGUUACUACCUCUCCUUCCUUACUAUCCCACUGUGCAUCGCAGCAGAGUCUGCCAUGGAGGCCUCUGUCAGAGCUAAACUGGGCCCUGGUGGACAGAACAUCUUUGACUGGAUCCACUGGUUCCUGAAGAUGAGAGCCUACGAUUACAUGUGCAUGGGUUUCGUGCUGCUCAAGGCCUCUGACACCAUCAACUACUGGACGUCCAUCUACUUUACCAUGCACAUCAUCGCCAUUUGCUGUAUAAUAGUAGGAAGGGUCCUGAAGGGAGGGAAAAGGGAUGGGAGGAGGAGACAAGAGGAACGAAGUGAGGGAGAGAACAAGGACAAGCAGAAGAAAAAACUGGAGCAAAAAUGGACUGAACAGAAAGGAUGAGGUGGAUUUUAUUUGGACGUUUUAAGACUGCAGUUUCCAACACCGAUUGUAUUACUUGUAUUCCAAGCGACACACAUCACACAGAUCUGCUAAUCUUCCUCAAGCCUCUCUUAUUAGAAUUGGACGAACAAAAGUUGGGAGGCAGUGUGGUUUUUUUUUUUUUUUUUGUAAAGCCUGCUAAAACACAUUUCCCCACAUAUACAACAUGUAUAAGUUCUGUCAGGCACUGAUGGAGGAGUGUCUAAGAUCAGUGAAUGCUUCAUUUGUAAUGGAGUAACAGAUACAGUGUGAAUAGUCUCAUUACUACCCACGAAACUGUAAAAAAUGUGUUACUUUAUUUUUAGAAACCACUUUUCAAUGUUUCGAAAUUGUCUCACUGGUCAAAAAUGGGCUUUUUUGCCCAGAUGCCACCUCACAAACAGGUUUUAAGAUACACAAACCAAGGUCCAGAUUACAUUUACACCUAAGGAUUUAACUACUAAAGUGGGGAUGUCAGACGGGUACCUUAUGACUUUGGUUUCACCAGCAAAUGGUGAGCAUCAGCUGUGUUCUAAUGGAACAUGUUUUGCUCCAAGUCUUUUUUUUUUUUUUGUCUUUAGCUGAUGUGUUUCUUGUAACUGUGAGCAAUUCAGAUCAUAUCAGGAACAUACGCUGACGUCUCUACAGCUGUAAUCUAUCUGUGAAAGAGUGAUAAUCACUGUCUAUUCACUGCCACAAUAUCUGUACUGCCAUCAUAGACCAUUCAGGGUUGGGACCAAACAUUUGAUACAGAAUGUUGCAUAUCAUAACUAUAAGCUGCCAGUUGUCAUGAGUAACAGCACAGCCAACUCUCAUCCAAAAUGAACAAAGUGAUGUGCAAUGCAACACACUGCUUUGUAAAAUAUUGUAUUAUUUACAAUGUAAUGUUUACUAAGUGUAAAACAUACACUUUGGUUGUGUUUAAUUGGAGCUUAAUCUUAAAUUAGUAAAUAGAACAUCUUGAUUCACUUGUGUUGAUAACAUCACAUUAUUUACAAAGCUCUAACCGCAACAAACUGUGAACAGUCUCAGAAAACAUGGCAAACAUUGUUUCAGUCACUUCUGCCUGCACUGUUGCGUGUCUUCAUAUGAGUAUGGCUAUGUGCAGACCUGAAGGGUACGUGUCUGGGAUGAAUUAGUUUUACACCCUUGUCAUAUAUGUUUUACUGAUUGAUUUUAUGCAUUCCUGUUAAUCCUUUCCUGUUCGGUUUAUAAAACUCAACCCUAAAAACAAAGUUCCCUUUCUUACUAUUCAAUGAUGAUUGUGAAUUAUAGUUUUUUGGUCAUUAAACACUGACUGUGCUUGUC